GCAUUCUUGUAAGAAGGACAUGGUGAAGCAAAAGGCCAACUAUGAUGCCAAGAAGGAUGCCAAGGUGCAGCAAGAGUCCAAAUACAGUAUGUAUGGUUAUGCCCCUGCCUUACAGUACUGGGCAUAUGAGGCUAUCCAACAGCUUGCGGUGGAGCUUGUUGUGAGCUCGGGAAACAUGUUCCCGAGGAUGCUUAGCUGGUCGCAUCGGAGGAACAAGGAUUUCACCAAGUUCGUCAUCGCACCGAUAUUAUUGAAGAAGAAUUUAAUUGUUCUUCCGAUGUUGAAGCCUCGGCCAGCAGAAAAAGACUAUUACUUGUCUGUGACUGAGGGAGAUCUUCCCCUUUAUCUUGGGCUUGGCCAGGAUCCCUCAGAGACUGAUGAGGAGGAGGAUGCGACUUUUGAGAAAAUGGCAGAGAAAGUUUCUCAGGCUGCCGAGGCAACCAAGAUAUUUGUUGAUGCUGCCCCGAGGGAGGAGGUUGCAGGUCCCACCCCUCCUAUUGCCCCAGCCUCAGCCCCAGCCUCAACCUGUGCCCCAACAUCAGCCCCAGCCUCAGCCCCAGCAUCAACCUGUGCCCCAACAUCAGCCCCAGCCUCAGCGUCAGCCCCAACACCAACCCCAACACCAGCCUCAGCCUCAGCCCCUGAGCUGGCCGACUUGAUUGAGCGGUUGGACAGAGUCGAGGGUCGACAGGAGACCCUUUUGAAGAACCAGUCAGUGAUCUUGGACGUACUCAGUCAGAUCCUGACAUUUGUUAAGGAGAAACCGAGGGGCUCCAAUGAAGAUUCAGACUCAGAGUCAUUGGAUAUUUCGCUAGACUAUGUUGAUGAUCCAACGACGCCUCCUACCAUCAUUGUGACACCUGCUGCUGAGACUCCGGGAGUCGUUAUUGUCAAGCCUGAGGAUGUUGCUGGGGUUCAGUUUCAGAGGGCUAGACGCCAAAGACGCAAGCCAGAUUGGUUUGAGGACUAUACGGAUCCCACGAGGAAAAGACCUCGCACUGAUGCAACUGCACCAGCAGACGAGGCUACACAUGUGCUGGACCCUCUCAAGAAGCCAGAUCCCAAACAGUAUAGGACAAUGUGCAAGUGGCUUCUUGGAGACAUGCUUAACAAGACCCCGCGGGAUGUAACGACUGGGAGUCACGGUCCAGCGUGGUUUCUGAUGUUGAAGACACCCCAAUCCUGGCUCAAUGAUGGGCAUAUUGAUGUGGCAGAACACAUGCUUCGUAUGCGUCGCAAGUAUUUUCCCAAUAUAUAUCGACAGAAUGCAGUUGUGAUGAACAGUUAUUUCUCACAAGUGAUACCUGCCCGAUAUGAUCAGUUCAAGAAAACAGCCGACAAAACAAAGUAUUAUUGGGAUGCUGACAUUAUGUCCAUGUUGACCGGCAUCGAGCAGCAGUUUCUGGCAUCUUGGGGAGGAGUUGAGGAUGUAUAUUGGUGCCAGAACUAUGGACAACAACAUUGGUUUGCCAUUGAGGCUUCCAUUUCUAGUUGGACUCUGACUGUUUACGAUUCAGACAACUCGGUGAUUAGUGACGCAAAGCUUGAGGAUAUUAUGAGUCCAUGGUGCUUUAUGCUACCUUCUCUGUUAAUGCAGAGUAAACUGUUUACUGAUAGCUUGAUGUUGAAGAUUCCAUCAGCAGGAAAUAGGCCGCAUCAGUUCACAUUGCGUCGCAAACAGAAACACGAGCUCCCUCAGUCAAAGAGAAGUGGGGAUUGUGGUGUGUAUGCUAUCAAGUAUAUUGAGCAUCUAAUGGUCGGUCUUCCAUUGGAAGCUAUCUGCGAUGAAAAUAUGGAGGUGUUCAGGAACAAGUGAACCACAGACUUGUGGUAUCAAAAUUUGUUACCUUGAUGAUUGUAUAUAUACAGGGUCUUUACAUGUACAGUUUGUUGUUCACAUUUUUUUAUAACUUUCAUGGGCUGUUAUCGAGCUAAUAUCAAGCUAUAUCGAACUGUUAUUGAAUUAUCAAAAUUUGUUACCUUCAUAAAAAGAGUUUAUUAAUACAACAAGUUCAAAUGGGAAAAAAGAGUUUAAAGCCUA